UCCGCCAAUAUGGCUCGUCAUGUACGGUGGUGCUCUCCUCUAGUGACAAUGUGCCUAAUUUUUGGCAUUUCCAGCAUGAUCUGGAUCCGAACGACAAAAGCAGAUUGUUUUUACGAUGACCAAAUAUACGAAGAGGGCGUGGAAGUCGAAACAUUCGAACAUUGCUUGAAUUGUACGUGUACCAGAGGCGUUUUGCUGUGUUACCUUAGGGUUUGUCCGCAUCUACCAAAUCCUCCUCCAGUUGGUUGUAUUCUCCUGCAUCGUUACAGAACUUGUUGCCCCGAACUAAUUUGUACUGAUUUCACAGGGGAUGGAAAUGCCUUAGAAAGUAGGUCAGAUCCAGAAGGAUUUGAUCUCUUGCCUUUUGAAGAAGAUGAGGAAUCUGAAGCUUGCAUUUUAAAUGGAAGCGUUUAUGCUCCUGGAUCAGCCAUGGACUCCUCGUCUCAUUGCGAAUAUUGCUAUUGCCUAAGAGGAAAGCAAACUUGUGUUAAGCCCAAAUGUUUGCUCCCCAUAGAUGGAUGUACACCGUCAUAUGACCCUAACCAGUGCUGUCCCGUUCAGUACAAUUGCUCAUUAACGACUACAGUGAGCAGUACAACAACAACAAUGGUUCCAACUAUGAAUAACCCUGCAGGUGGUUGUUUGGUUGAAAAUGAAUUCUAUGCCGAAGGCGACAAAGUUCUUGGAGUCGGUCAUUCUGCUUGCGAUAACUGCUACUGUCUUAGAGGGAUGUUACGAUGUGAACCCUUAUCUUGUGCUCCUCCUCUCCUCGGAUGUAUGCCGAUUAUAAAACAUGGUGAAUGUUGUGCAGCGAGUUAUAACUGCACUGGAAGUAUUGAAAUAAACCCUGAGCCAAACUAUGGACAGUAUCCAAUAGUCAGUAGCGAGUAUUCAAAGUUGCGUAAGGAACAACCCAAAAAGCCCUACGUAUCUCAUAGUAAUCGAAGGGUCAAACCAGAAAUUAAAGAAUCAAGUGGUCCAUUUUACGUCAUUGCUGAAUCGCCAGAAUCUGAAAGGAACGCUUAUCGAAAUCCAGAUACAGCGGGAACUACCAGGAAAUUCACAGGAUUUUUCUUCAAUCCAAGCACAACAACACCCUUCUACUAUGAAUCUAUGAUCAAGGAAGGUGAUGCAAUAAAUGGAUUCAAACAUGUUACCCGAAGUUAUCCAGAAAAUAAAUUCAGAACCAGUACACUCAAUGACAAUGACCUUGGGAAGAAAGAUCUAUUUGACAUCACUGUUGAUGCUAGGGGUAUAAGCACAACACAUAACCUUCUUGAUUCGACCCCAACAGACGAAUCGAAUGAUACGACAGAAACUUCAACUAAGGGGCUAAACACGGAAGAAACAACUAAUUUUGAUGAAAAUAUACUGGUGACAGUAUCUACCUCCGAACCUGAUACAACAGUAAGCUCUCCCACUGAAAACGAAGAAUCUACAACAACGACAGAGGGGGUUCAAUCAAUUGAGGAAACAUCAACAUGGAGUGAAAAUAACAGCUCUGAAACUAUAACCAUCAGAUCUGUGAUUAACACAACUGACUGUAUAAAUAGUGCAGAUUUCAAUCCGUUGCCGGCUGAGACAAUCAAUAAUCUCGCUGAAACUAAUCAAUUUACGCCAUCUGUUGAAGUGUCGAGCAGUGAAUCGACUGAUGUUACCGAAAUUGAUCUUCAAAGUAGCUUCGACCUAACAGAUAAUGUUUCUCCGAAAGUCAAAAAUGGAUCCAAAAUAACAAGUUUAUCGAAUGUCUCCAAGACAAAAGAGAACGAUUAUGAUUUGGAUUAUAACGAUCCUUCUCUACCACCCUCUCUACCUAAUUUGCAUAUAAUUCCCUUUUUGGCUGCUGAUGCUCUGGAUAGCCAGAAGGAAAAUUCGUUGUACGCUCAGGACAAGUCUUCUAAUGAUUCAUUCGAAUUCACAAAUUUAUUUUCACCCCCGGUAAAAACAGAAGGUGGUUUUAUUCCGAAUGGUAAUCCAGUAGUUUUGGAAACUCUUUACGAUAAUGCAGUUACCAUGCCUACGCCACCAGGAUCUACAGAAAAUCCACCAGCCCGCUGUUCGUCCAGAGGUGAAAACAUACUUCAUGGGCAAUCUGUACCAUCAGAUUCACCAUGUACAACCUGUACCUGUUUUUAUGGCAACAUUGUGUGUCAGAAAGUUCCGUGCCCAUCACUCGGACCAAACUGUCGGAAAUCGGUAGAGGAUAAAAACUUGUGUUGCCCCCUCUACAUAUGUGUUGGUUCGGUUCCUGAAAAUGUACCUGAAUCAUCAGAUGCGUCAGGAGCAAAAACAGUAACGACAUCAGAUCCUUUCAAGGAUGUUAUCAAAACAAAGCCUGCUCCAGAUCUUCAGUCCCUAAUUGUAGAUAUGUUACCGCAUUUCAACCAAAAACCGAGCAAGAAAACGACGAUAUAUAUCACAACUUUACAGCCAGUGACUGAAGCAGGAUCCGAGAAGAGUACCAAAAAGAAAGAUGAAACUUUAGGUUUGGAUAAAGUUCUAGAACUACUUUUAGGGGGAUUAGAUGGCCAGAAAUACAAUUCAUCUUUAGCUCAGACGAGUACAAAUAAUCAAAAAGUACCCAACAUUUCGAAUAAUUUGGAAAACGAUGACCGAAAUAAUAGUGCAGCUAUUCUGAAGCUGGCUGGGUGUAAUAUUUAUGGAAGGAUGUACAGGGUCGGAAGGAUCAUAUCAGAACUUUCUGGUCCCUGUUUAGAAUGUAAAUGUACUGAAGUUGGAGUGCAGUGUAAACAUUUGAAGUGUUGAGUGUGACCUAAACAGAUCUCCAGAUAUUAGAGACUGGAACAAAUGAAGGUUCAUUGAUUGCGUGGCUAGGAGCUUCGUGAGAAAAUUAAAAUGCCUUGUGAUUAGUUGAAAGCACAACAACGGGGACUUUUUAGAAACUUCUGGAAGUCACUAUUCCAUUUGGCUCGAUUUCAAUUUCAAUCGUUACCUAUACAUAAGACGUCAUAUCAUAUAGAAUCAAAAUUUCGUAUUUUGAGAUACCAAAACUGACUUGAAAAGUAGUUUACCGGAAGAUCCAUUCGUCAGAUAUAUGCGCUGAUAAUAAAUUAUGUCUGUCUGAUGAACUUCUGUCCGAAAAUGCUCUGUAAGGGUGCUGAAACCCUCAAGAAAGGC